AUGGUUGAUAACCAGUCUCCAAGCUAUAUGUCCGAGAACAGCAUUAGAAACAACGGGCCGGACGCCAUAGCUUUGGAAAGAUUCAAGUUGUGCGAACUAGCGGAGGGAUUGGCAACAUAUUACCCACCAUGCCUCCAAGGAGUCCCAUCUUGGGAUGCGUGUUCAUAUAUGCACCGCAUCCACGGCAUUACGGCCGAUAGCAACCUGGAAGCCACACGGGCCGUGACGAAGAUGAAAGCAACCAUCACACGGCGCUUCAGAAGUCUACCCGAAAUUGCGCUGCAGCAGCCGUUGAUAUCGGAUACUUGCUGCUUCAGCUACCUUUGGGACAAAGGUUGA